AUGGUAGAAAAAGAGAUGGUCGAAACUACAUCAACUAUCUGUGAAAAUCUUGUUAGAGCAUUCGAUGAGCAGAAAGACGACCCAUUAUCAUUGGUAACAAUCAUCGAUGUUUAUGCUGAAAAAGUCAAUACCGAUACUAGAUCUAUCAAGGACAAAGUUGAAUACCUGCAGACAUUAUUGUCACUUCUUCAAAGAAAUCCCGAUAUAUUAUAUGAAAUCAGUUGGGAUCUUCCAAAAGCCCUCUUAGACUUUUUCACAUUGAGAAACAUGCAAGAACAAUUACCUUUAAACAAAAAUCAAAUAGUUAUGAAUGUGAUGAAAUGUUUUAGCGAAAUUGCGACUACUGGUAAUCCUAAGGAAUGCUUGAUGACUGGAUGUGAGCUACUUUCAGAUUUAUCCUUGGAAGAGCAGGAGAUCCAGACGGAACAAGUAUCGCCUGCUCCGAACAAACAAGAAGGUAAAGAGGAUAUUGACGUUAAUGAGUUGAUAACUCCCGAGACAAUUCUAUCUUUGAAAUUAUAUGCAUUUAUCGAAUUGUUAGGUGGGGUUUUGAACAGAAUUGAAACUCUAUAUCCAUCUAAGUUUUUGGUAAUGGUCUCCACUUCUCUCAUGAAAUUCAUUAGAGAAAGUACAGAAAAAUUGAAUAACCCGAGCUUCUUAUUACGUCGUGUCUAUUCUUUUUGUCACAACUACCAAUUCUAUUCAAUUGAUAAGACUUCCGAAGGCGCACAAGAUUUAUCCACCGAAGCUUUGAAGAAGUUGUCUAAAGAUGAGACGGAUUUGCAAAAGAAAAUAAUCGGUGGAUUAUUUACGUUUGCUCUUGGAAAUUGUUUAAAGAAUAAUGCUGUGGAGUAUGAGAUUAGAUACUUCAAGUCUCUUUCAAACAAAGAAGAAGGAUUAAAUUUACAUGUCGUUGAGUUCUCUGAAAAGUACCUCGAAUUGGUAAAACAAUAUAACAUUGAUUUCAAACCUGAAUUUAGCAAAAUUUUGGAAGAAUCGCGAAGAAUAUAUCGAGCGUUACCAAAAUCUAUUGAAGAAAAUGACAAAACGCAGCAGUCUGCCCUCAACCAGGUUAUCUACCAACUAUCAUAUACUUAUGAGCUUAAAAAAGCAGCAGAAGAGAUAUCUAUCGAAUUAAACUCAGACGGUAUGCUUAUUUUGUCGGCUAUGUUUUAUUCUGAAGAAGGUAUAUCUUUAUUAAAUAUUGAAGAUGCCAUAUAUUUGUACUUAAGAUACUCUACCAUGUCAUUAUAUGCAGAGUUGCUUCAUAAUAAGGGUGCAGAAGCAAUUAUUAGAUUUUGGCUCUGGGUCACAAUCACACAAGAACCUAUCACUUCGAUCAAAGAUAGACUAAAAAAUAUCCCAUCAUAUAUAUUAACGGGGUUUCUACAAAUGUUACUAUUAAAGACAUGUACCGAGAGGGAUAGCAUCGUUAUUACAUCCAGCUUUACAUUAUUGACACGACUUCUAUGUUUAACUCCUGAAAAAAUCGCAUUUGAUUUUAUCCUAGAUACUUUAUUGUCAUGCCCAUACGUUCACGCAAAAUCAGCUGUUCUGGAGAUUUUAAAGGAUUUAACGACUAAGACUAACCAAAUUUUAGAUGACAAUGAUGAUUCUGAUGAAAGUGGUUUAAAUGAGAAAUUAUCUGAACUUGUUUUGAAAGAUGACAAGUCGAACAAGGCCCCAUCUUUACCCCCAAGACCAUAUAUUCUUAUUAACGAAGAUAGAAUGGCAUCUAUCCAUAGCAUAGCAUUGUUCACUAUCCGUAAUGUACUUGCUACCUCUAAAGCCAGUAAGAUUGAUCUUUUGUUGAUAUUGAACUAUAUGAGUUUCUUUGUUAGUUUAAGGUAUAGAUGGAACAAUGUUUUAUUACAGGUAAUUCAUGAUGAAAUUGAAAACAAAUUCAAUACUAGAAUAUAUGAGGAUAAUCCAGAAAUUGGAUUUAUUAAGAUUGCCAAUGAUACAUUGGGGGAAUAUCUAGAAACUGCGUCAGCAUAG